AUGGUUUUAGCAGACUUGGGAGAAAGACUCAGAGGCGCUCUCUCUUCUGUUGAAAAAGGUUCAGAUGAUGAAAUUCAGCAAAUGAUUAAAGACAUCUGCUCUGCUUUGUUAGAGUCAGAUAUCAAUGUUAAACUUGUCGCCAAAUUGAGAGGCAAUAUACGGGAUAAGAUCGAGGAAGGGAACGUAUUGAAAGAAACAUCAUCUCAAAAUAGGAGAAAGAAGUUGCAGAAAAUCAUAUAUGACGAAUUGUGUGCUCUAGUUGAUUCACACGUUGAGCCACCAAAACCAAAGAAGCUUUCCGCAACCACCAAAACCAUUAAUGGGAAGAAAGUAAGGGUUUCCAAAGAGUCGAGUCAUGUAAUCAUGUUUGUUGGGUUACAAGGUGCUGGUAAAACCACCUCGUGUACGAAAUUAGCAGUUUACUACAAAAAGAGGGGAUUCAAAGUUGGGUUGGUGUGUGCUGAUACUUUCAGAGCCGGUGCUUUUGAUCAAUUGAAACAAAAUGCUAUAAAAGCUAAUAUACCCUACUAUGGAUCGUACUUGGAACCUGACCCGGUGAAAAUUGCAGCCGAGGGUGUACAAAAGUUUAAGCAGGAGAAGUUUGACAUUAUUAUUGUGGAUACUUCAGGAAGACACAGACAAGAGGAACAAUUGUUUACUGAAAUGGUGCAGAUUGGUGAGGCUAUUCAUCCUAGUCAGACCAUAAUGGUGAUGGAUGGGUCUAUUGGUCAAGCAGCUGAGUCGCAAGCUCGUGCUUUCAAGGAAAGCUCUGAUUUCGGAUCUAUAAUCUUGACGAAAAUGGACGGACAUGCCAAAGGUGGUGGUGCCAUUUCUGCGGUCGCUGCAACAAAGACUCCCAUUGUAUUUAUUGGUACUGGUGAGCACAUCGGUGAUUUGGAGGUAUUCAAGCCGACGACGUUCAUUUCCAAAUUGUUGGGUAUUGGUGAUAUCCAAUCACUCAUUGAACAUGUACAAUCCUUAAACUUGCACCAAGAUGAGGGCCACAAACAAACAAUUGAAAAUAUCAAGGAAGGGAAAUUUACUUUGAAAGAUUUUCAAAACCAAAUGAACAAUUUCAUGAAGAUGGGACCACUAACGAAUAUUGCAUCAAUGAUACCAGGAAUGUCGGGCCUUAUGUCACAAGUUGGCGAAGAGGAAACAUCGAACAAAAUUAGAAACAUGAUUUUUAUUAUGGAUUCAAUGACUACAAAGGAGUUGGAAAGUGAUGGUAGAAUGUUCAUCAAAGAGCCCAGCAGAAUCGUAAGGAUAGCUAGAGGUUCGGGAUGUAGUGUAGUGGAGGUUGAAAUGAUUUUGCAACAACAUAGAAUGAUGUCAUCGAUGGCAAAGUCAGCAAUAGCAGCUCAAGCUCAAGGCGGACAACCUGGCGGUCCGUUUGCAGGCAAUUCUCAAAUGCAGAGAAUGAUGCAGAAUGCACAAUCAAAUCCAAACUUUAUGCAACAAGCAAUGAGUAUGUUAGGUGGUGGUGCCGGUGCCGGUGGUGGUGCGGGUGGCGGGCCGGGUGGAUUAGCUGGAAUGAUGAAUAAUCCAGCAAUGAUGCAACAAGCGCAACAGAUGAUGAGAAGUAAUCCGCAAAUGAUGCAACAAGCACAAGAGAUGAUGAAAAAUCCACAAAUGAUGCAAAGAAUGAUGCAACAGUUUGGUGGCAUGGGAGGAAUGUAA